AAGUUCUACAAUUUUCUCUUAUUUCUAGCAGGCGUUCUCUCUCGCUUUACUUUUCAGUUCUACGCCGCUGAUCAAAAACCAACCCAAAAAGCUUCCAAUUUUCAAUGGUGACCAUCGCAGAGAAAGACGAAGACCAGCACCGCCGAGACCCGAAACUGAAGCGGUCGUCACCAGAAGAGAUCAAGCCAACUCCACCACCAAAACCCACAUCGCCGACGCCAAAGCCACUGCAAAACGCCCAAAAUCCUUUCGCUUUUUGGUUCUACUUCACUCUCAUAGUCUCUUUCGUCACCGUCUUCUUCAUUUCUCUCUCCUCUAUCUCCACGCAGGACCCAAAGUCUUGGUUUUUGAGCCUGCCGGCCGCUCUCCGCCAGCACUACUCGAAGGGUCGCACCAUAAAGGUACAAACUCAUCCGAAUCAGAAUCCGGUUGAAGUUUUUUGUACUGAGAAAGGUUCUGUAGGAUCGGAAAAUGUAGUUAUUGUUCAUGGCCUGGGGCUUAGUUCUUACUCUUUUCGAAAAGUUGUUGAAUCUUUGCGGUCCAAAGGGGUUUGUGCGGUUGCGUUUGAUUUGCCCGGAAACGGGUUUUCGGACAAAUCGGUGGUGGAGGUUGGAGAGGGGGAAAGCGGGAUUUUAGGGAGAUUUUGGAAUGUGUAUGGUGAAAUUCAGGAAAAGGGUUUGUUUUGGGCAUUUGAUCAGAUAAUUGAAACAGGGCAGAUUCCGUAUGAAGAAAUUGAAGCUCGGGUUUCGAAGCAGAAGGUUUUGAGGCCAAUUGAAAUGGGUCCUGAUGAGAUUGGUAAGGUGUUGGGGCAGGUAAUUGAGACGACGGGUUUGGCCCCUGUGCAUUUGGUGUUGCAUGAUUCAGCUUUGGGGAUGGUUGCAAAUUGGGUUUUGGAAAAUGCGGGAUCGGUGAGGAGCGUAACGCUCAUUGAUACCUCACCCAGAUCGACAGGUGCUUUGCCUUUGUGGGUUUUUGGAGUGCCAAUGAUUAGGGAGUUUGUGCUGAGGUUUUCACAUGCUUAUACUUGGUUGAUUAGGUUGAGUUGCUCUAGGGGGAUUGAUGUUUCGGAUGUCGAUGCGCAUAGACUUCUAUUGAAGAGUAGGGAUGGGACAAGAGCCAUUGUUGGAAUGGGAAAGAAGUUGAAUCAUAGCUUUGAUAUAGCAGAGUGGGGCGGCUCGGAUGGAUUGAAAGGUGUGCCAAUGCAGGUGCUUUGGUCUAGCAGUUGGUCCAAGGAAUGGAGUGAAGAGGGAAACCGUGUUGCAAGUGCACUUCCACAGGCAAAUUUUGUCAUGCAUUCCGGUGGGCGGUGGCCUCAGGAGGACGCAGCUGAUGAGGUAGCUGAAAAGAUUGCUUAUUUCGUGUCCUCAUUGCCUGCAACUGUCAGAAAGGUUGAGGAAAAGCCGAUCCCCGAGCAUAUUCAGAAGAUGCUUGAUGAAGCAAAAAGUAGUGAUCAUCAUCACCAUGACCAUGGCAAUGGGCAUCACCACCAUCAUAGUCACGGAGCUAGUUAUCCUGAUGCGUACGGUCUUGGCCACGGUCAUGGAUGGGCAAGUUGAUGAGUUUUAUUUUGUUUUCAACUUUUUUCCCAAGUCAGCAUGCAGUUGAGGUAGAAAUUCAAUUUUUGGCCAUUGGACUAAUCCUUUUGCUCUGCCAUCAACGCUCAGAAAUUUUUAUCUGCCGUACAAGAUUCGUCGAUGAAGACGUUUGUUCUGCUGAAUCUAUGAAGCUGUGAUGUAUUGUAUUUUGUAUUCUAAAUUUAAGAAAGGAAGCUGGUUGAUAGGUAUGUAGUAAGACCUCACAUUUGCAGAUUUAUAGUGUCUUUU